AUGGAUUCAACAGUUUCAGGACUGUUAACAAACAUGUUAGACAGACUAGUAACAACCGCUUUUCACAACAUUUCAAUGGCAAAAGGUCUUGACACAGACAUAACCAAUCUCCAAAAUACUCUCACCAUCAUCAACGCCUUCAUUCUCGAUGCUGAAAACAAGCAAACUCAAAGCAACUCCAUUUCUACCUGGCUUCACCAGCUCAAAUAUGUUUUACUAGAUGCACGUGAUAUUCUUGAUGAGAUUGAAUAUGAAUCUUUGAGGAACCAAGUUCUCAAAGCAAAUGGAACUUUUACUACAAAGGUACAACGUUUUCUCUCACCCUCUAGUAAUCCUCUUACAUUUCGUGUUAAGAUGGCUCAUAAGAUCAAACAUGUUAAUGAUAGGAUAGAUGAGGUAGCUUCUCUUAGGAUGAAAUUGGGUCUUUUGGUGUCAGAAAAUCAUCAUGCAAGUGGUAGUGGAAGUGGAAUUAAUAGUACUAGAGUAAGGAGAGAGACUCAUUCUUAUGUUAGAUCUUCUUAUGUGAUUGGUAGAGAUGAAGAGAGAGAAAAGGUUAUCAGUUUUUUGAUGGCUCCGCCGUUAGGUAAUGAUGAUGAUGAGAUUGAUGUUAUUCCUAUUAUUGGAAUUGGAGGGUUGGGAAAAACAACACUUGCUCAAUUGGUUUAUAAUGAUGAUCGGGUGAUUGGGUUUUUCGAUUUGCGUAUGUGGGUGUUUGUUUCUGAUGUUUUUGAUGUUAAGAGCUUAGUGUUGGAGAUUCUUAAAGCUAUGCAUGGGAUGGAAAUGGACGCUAAUAUGUAUAGUUUUGAUCAAUUGCAAAAUUUGCUUCGCGAAAGGUUAUGGGGGAAGAAGUUUUUACUUGUUCUAGAUGAUGUUUGGAAUGAGGAUUAUAGAGAGUGGCUUGAAUUGAAGAAGCUUUUACUAGGGAUGCAUGAUAAUGAAGAUGGUAAACUUGGUAAUAAGAUUAUCACGACCACUCGCAGUGACAGGGUUGCUUCGAUUAUGGGGAAUGCUUAUAAGCACAACUUGAAGUAUCUUCCGGAAGAAGAUUGUUUAAGGCUUUUUGUUACGUGUGCAUUUCCAGAAGGAGAGGGGGAACAUCGCCCGAGGCUUGUGGAGAUUGGGAAGGACAUUGCCAGAAAGUGUAAAGGGUUGCCCCUAGCAGUGAUAAGUUUAGGGUGUUUACUUUAUUCGAAACCGAAUGAAAGUGAGUGGAAGAAAGUAAGAGAUAGUGAAUUUUGGAAAGUGAACCCUGAAGAUGAUGAUGGCCUUUUGGCUGCGUUGAAACUAAGCUAUAAUCACUUGUCCUCUGGUUUGAAGCAAUGUUUUGCUUAUUGUUCAGUUUUUCCUAAGGGUUAUGAGUAUACUAAUUUGGAGCUGAUUUCAUUUUGGAUGGCCCAUGGACUACUGCAACCGAAAAAUGAAGAUGAAGAACCAGAAGAUCUUGGGGAGUUUUAUAUUCAAGAGCUAGUUUCAAGGUCUUUCUUUGAAUGUGCUUCUGAAGAACAACUGGUUAUUGACGGUCUUAUUUCCGAAGAGCUUGAACUUCUAGGCAUCUCCUUUUUCAAAAUGCAUGAUCUUGUUCACGACCUUGCCGUGUUCACAAUGCAAAAUGAAAGGGCAGUAGUAAAAUUUAGUUCAACAAAUAUUAAAGAAAAAGUUCAGCAUUUAUCAUUUUCAGAUAGUGGUGGAGGAGUUCCUACAUUUGGUAAAAUGUCGAGUAACAUCCGAACCAUUGGAUUCUGGCACAGGGGUCAAAAGGAACUUGCAAUCACCGAAUUGUUUUUCAAAUGGAUCUCUAACAGCAAGUUUAAGUACCUCAGAGUGUUGAAUAUUAAAGGUUCUAAUUUUCAGUUCUUGCCGGAUUGUUUCAACAAAAUGAAGCAUUUGAGGUAUCUUGAUCUAAGCUAUUGCCAGAGGUUGGAAAAACUCCCAGAUUCCAUUUGCAAGCUUCAAAGUCUAGAGGUAUUAAAUCUCUCGAGAUGUGUAGCACUUGCAUACAUUCCCCCAAAAUUGAGGAACCUUGUCAGCCUUAGGAUAUUGUGGAUUACAACACAAGUCACUGAUUUGUCUUUCAUAGGUAUUGGAAACUUGAAAUAUCUACAAAUUUUAAUUCUGUGGAAUUGUGAUAGUUUGGUCUUCCUUCCACGCGAUUUGAGGCACCUGACUUCUUUAAAGAAACUGACGAUUGAGGCUUGCGUAGAGGUGAUACGUUUUGAUGGUGAAGAAGAAAAAGAAGAAGAAAAUGAAAACUACACCUUGAAACUCGAGCGAUUUUCAAUUGACAAAUUACCCAAUUUGGCAGUAUUACCUGGUUGGCUUAGAAAAUGUGAUAAAACUUUGAGGUACAUGGGCCUUUCAGAGUGUUCGAGUCUAAGGGCAUUGCCAGAAUGGUUGGUAAAUCUAACAUCACUCGAGACGCUUCUAAUUGCUGACUGUCGAAAGUUGACAUUACCCCAGCAUAUGGAUCGUCUUCAAAACCUUCAGAAUUUAAAGAUAUAUGGAUGUCCUCAGCUAGUUGAGAGAUGCAAACAAACUACAGGUAGUGAUUGGUACAAGAUAGCUCAUAUUCCAAAUGUUGAACUUGGAAGCGAUUAG